AUGGCCGAGUCGGGAAUAGAAUCGCCAGCCGCCCCCGAGUGGCUGGUGAAACUGGAGAGCCGCCGGGAGCAGAUAAAAGCCAAGCUGAGUCACGAAAGUGGCAACGGCGCUCCGUGCAUUGCGUGCGGAAGCGCGUGUCCGGGGCUUGAUCUACACUUCUGGCGGAAGAUCUGCCGGAACUGCAAAUGCCGCAAGGAACAGCACGAUUGCAUCGACGACGAUGCGAGCGGCUGGGCGCAGUUCGAGAUCCUUGGUGCCAUUCGCUCGAAGCCAGCGUACAUUCGCAUCUCGGAGCUGACCGAUAAGCCGGUCCAGCUGACCUGGGUGCCACCGAACGUGACGCCCGAGUUGGCCACGGACUAUAUGCGCACUCUCGGGGAGCAAAACAUUCCUAUCGUCGGUAGCGAGGCCGCGGAGAAGCGUAAACAGCAGCUCGAGUACCAGGUUCCCGCGCACGAUCUGGACACCAACCUGUGCCAUAACCUGACGCCGUACGAAGCGGGUCAGCUGAGCGAUUACGUGGAGAAAAUUAAGACCCACUGCGUGGGACAGGGUACAGUGAUGAGAGUCGGUGGUGAAAGUGCAGGUGCGGUGCAGUACGGCACAGUCGUCCAGCAGCAAGAACCGAAACCAGCACCAUCGGCGGGCCAGCCGGAGAACAGGCGUCCAGAUUUCAUGGAAAGUCCCGCACUUUCCGACAAAAUGAAGUACAAACUCAACCUGAUGGGUAUCGCCAGCUCGGAAAUGGUACACCAAGCGCUUCGCUUCGAUCCGGCCGUCGUAUUAUCUGGCAGGCAAAACUUUCCGGAACCGAUCGUCAAGUUCCACCGGGAGUAUCAGUCGAAUCCAAAGUUCCGGGCGGAGAUGGAUCACUUCGUGGAGGAAACACCUCCACCGCUGCCAGAGUCAAGUGUACCCCAGCCCUCCAGUGGACUCCGUUCCGAUGCCGGCCCAAUCGUGCCUUCCGGUAGCAACGAUUCCGGGUUUGCUUCCAUUCCCGUUAGUCCGGCUCGUGAUGAUCCGUCAGCCGCGCCGCUGCUUGGUCCGAUGGAAGCGAUGAAACUGACGGAUGCACCAGCUGCGAAGCUCGUACAGAACGCGGUUGCUACGCAACGCUGCACCGGCUGCAGUCAGCCUUUCGCACCGGGCGAGGUAGCCGUCAAGGUGGACCGAGCGAGCAGCGAGCGUUCGAUAUGGCAUCCGCAGUGCUUCAAGUGUGAACGGUGCGGGGAACUGCUGGCCGAUCUGGUGUACUUCUACCAUGCCGGGGCCAUCUACUGUGGGCGCGAUUUAGCGGUCAUCCUGAAGAUUCCACGUUGCGCCGCCUGCGAUGAGUUGAUCUUCACGAAGGAGUACACGGCGGCCGAAGGGGCCACGUUCCACGUGCGACAUUUCUGCUGCUAUCACUGUGACGGGCCACUGGCGGGUCAGCAGUACGUGAUGGAGGAACGUUCGUCGCAGCCUCUUUGCCUUCCGUGCUACGAUAGACAUUACGCGCAAACGUGCAGCACGUGCCAUCGGUGUAUUGGGCCGGCGGAGCAGGGCGUCGGGUGGGACAAGAUCCACUGGCACAAGGAGUGCUUCCGGUGCAGCGGAAAGCACUGCCAAAAGUCGCUCAUCGGUGGGCGGUUUUGUGUAAAGGCCAAUCAGCCGUACUGCAGUGCGCAGUGCACGAAGGACAUGUGA